UUCCUUUUCAGAACAACAGAUUGUACCUUCAUUGAUACUUUAGCAUAACUUUCAAAAAUAAAAACACAUUGAUAAUUUGUUCAAAUCUCAAGCAAUCACCCAAAUAUACAUAUUUUUAGCUGUUGAUAUUAACUUUCUGAUUUGGUUGAGAAAAUAAAAUAACUUUUUGUAUCAUUAAUCUUAAAUUCUAAUUCUUUUCGCUUAUGCUCACAAAAACAAAUACUUGAUCUAUGAACCCCAUUAAUUUUGAAACCCCAAAUUCUUGAUUGUGAAAAUUGUAUUAAAAUUUUUGCUUCUAAGAACUCGAGAAGCCAAUUUUUAUCUUCUUAUCAAUCCAGUUUUGUUCAAUUAGUUCUCUUCUCAUGUUUAACCAUUUCCUUCGAUAAAGUUGCCAACAGGAAGCAACUUGAAGAUAAAAUUCAGCAAGCUCCAGAGCGCCAUUACCCGAAAGCACUAUAGGUCCAAUUAAAUCGUUCGUGCCGAUUCUAGAGGUCCAAAAAGCAGUCGUAAGGGUGAGUUACGUGUCCGAGAAAGUCAAAUCAAAAACCCUGCAUCUGCUUUGGACAGAAACUCGAUUGUCUUGCCACCCCCAGAACAAGAAAUGCCAAAUAGUCCUAAUUCAGUCGCAUCCUCGAUCCGAUCUCAUUCUGAGUUCGCCUCGCACGUUUACUGUGAGAAACACCCAACUUCCACAAUUCGCUACUUUUGCCACAUCUGCGAAGUGGAGCUAUGCGAGGAAUGUUGGAAGAACGAACACGAUCAAGAUGACUAUCGCAAACACAAUAUAGGAUUCAUCAAGGUCAAUCUAGAGCCUCAAAAAGAGAUCCAAAAACGAAUUGUUGAAAACAAGAAAGACUGUCAAAAAAUGAGCCGCAUUUUGGAGGACUGGAAGAUGAUCGUCCAACAGGCGCAGCUUGCAGAAUUUGAACAUAACGAAGUUUUGAAAGCUAGCGAAGCCAAUCAGCUUGAGCAGAUAUCAGACGUUGUUCGCAAUCUGAUUCAAAAUCACAUCACGGAUGUUCGUAAAUUUAAAGAAACUAUUUUGAACGAACUUGAAGAACUUGAAAGAAAGCAGAAAAGCAUCUUAAGGGAUGCCUUUGACAGCAAUUAUGAUCGCUUAUCGAUUCAUAGCUCCUCAUCGACGCUUGAUGGAGGAGGGAGCAGCAGAGCUGAAACGCCCGUCUCCGAGGAGCUAUUGGGCGCUGUUGGAGGAGGUGGCAAUGUAAAUGUGACUCCAGUUCCACCGAAUAUGAAUGUGGCUUCGACUUUGAAGAGAGGAAAAAAGAGAGAGUUGGUGCAAGUUACACAGAGUGAGAUUGGAGAUAAGAAGAUUAGUCUUUAUACAGCUGUGUACAAUACCACCACGAAAGAAGUGAUGUAUCUUUAUGACUUAGAUUUAACAGUGUUAAGAUUAAACGGACCAAAUGGGAAGUUUGAACUGGGUAAGAAGAUGAAGUGGAAUAACUGUGUAUGCGACAUUACACUAGACAGCAAUAACUCUCUCUAUGGUGUGAUUUGGGAAACAGAAACCAGUUUGAUGAGAGUGGCAGUGCUGGACAUAGAGAAGAACAAGGAACUGAUCGAGGAGAGAGAACUACUCGACACUGAGGGACUACCCAAUGGAGCACAUGUACAAUGGAUAUUGUGUGCUGUAGGCGAGACAGUGGCUGUGACAGUGCUGGAUUGGAGAGAAAAUAGAUAUAUCAGUGUGACUUUGUAUCGCAGCCACAUCCGACAACAAACUGUACAACUCAAUUACAGUUUAAGACUUAUUAGCCAAACUGUGUUGGUGAACGAGAACACACUGUUACUCGUCUGUGAUAAUAGAACAGUAGUGGUCUCUCUGCCUUCACAACAAACUACAACAGCAACAACAUCUGCGCAUACUUCUAAAGUAACUUCAAACACAUCUCAAAAACUGCAGCCCAAAUCCAUCAAGUACAUUCGACUCUCUGGCACGGAAGAUAUUCGGUCAAUAGUAUGGAUACCAUCUGAAGAAGGUGUGCAGUCAGAUGCUGCGGAAGGAUACUUGUUUGCUUCAGAUUAUAAACCUUGCUCUCGUGUUUACAAAAUAAAUUUAGAGAAAGAUGUGGCAGAGGUGGCUGAAGGAGAGGAGAAAACAAUUACCCAUAUGGAAGAAAUAGGUCAACUAGAUAACACAUUCAUUCGGUGUUCCAUUGAUAGCUCAACACUAUUUGCUACUACCUGUUGGACUGCUGGAGAGCCUAUGCUUCUAAACUUAGAAUAUCAGACACCUUGAGUCUUCCCACUUGUUUGGGCUAAAUUAGUUUGAACAGAACGAUUAAAUAACUACAAAAAGAUAGAUCCCAUCCAUUAGCUGCUCUUUUGACUGCUCUUAGUAAUUUUUUUUUAAAAUUCAUAUUGAGCAAUUCUUACCGAAUAAAGCUCGCACUUUAAAUUGAUUCAUACUACAUUUUCAGCACUAACAAAGUCAUAAUUAUUUCAAUCUAAUUCAAACUGUUUUCAUCUCCCUCUAUGGAACGACUUUACUCUUUUUAUUUUUAUUAAUCAAUAACCCAAAAAAAUGUAAAGAGCUGUACGUUAUUAUA